GCCUGGGUCGCGACCAUCGUGGCAGUGUGUGUGGGGGUGAAACUGAAAGUAAAAUGCUCGGGCCGCAGGGAAGCGAGAUUGAGUCGCUGGUUCCUUCCCAUGAGAGCCUGAGCCACCCCGACUCGAGUAUGUCGGAUAGUUUCGACCGAGCUCCAGGUGCGGGCCGGGGCCGGGGUCGCGCUGCUCUUAGCUGCGCGGACGCGUCGGAGAGCGGUGGUGGGGUCUGUCUUGGGGGUAGUGGUUUCCAUGGUUCAGUCUCGGCCGAAAAGCAGCAUAAAAGGGGCGGCCUCUUGCUGCAGCAGGAACCGUUGCGACCUCCGAAGACAGCGCCACUGAGCACCGGAAACGCAGAACACCUGCAACAGGCAAGAAUUCCAUCUGGAUCACAAGAAAAAGUUUCAGUUCCUGAUUCUGGACCAGAAAUGGCUGAAUCUCAGGUGGCUGUGGCUCCUGUGGUAACAUCAAAGUUGUCUGUUAAAGCACCUGAGUUUUAUCCAUCAGGAUAUAACCAGAACUUUGCAGAUUCUUCCUUUGAGGAUGAAUAUGAUGGCUAUCUGACUUUGGCAGAAUAUGUACAAGACUUUCUAAAUCACCUCGCCGAGCAACCAGGUUGUUUUGAAACUGAAAUAGAGCAGUUUGCCGAAACAGUGAAUGGCUGGGUCACUGCAGAUGAAACUUUGCAAGAAGUUGUUGAACUCAUAUAUCAACAGGCCACAUCUGUCCCAAAUUUUUCUUACAUGGGAGCACGGUUGUGUAACUAUCUAUCUCACCAUCUAACUAUUAGUUCACAAAGUGGGAGCUUUCGGCAGUUGUUACUUCAAAGGUGCCAAACAGAGUAUGAAAACAGAGAUGAAGCUGCCAAAGGAGAUGAGACUGCUCAAACACAAUUUCAUGCCUUUGUGUUGUUCUUGGCUGAACUUUACCUUAACCUAGAGAUUAAAGGAACAAAGGGGCAGGUCACACGAGCAGAAAUUCUUCAAGAAGGCCUUUGGGAAUUACUAAAUGUGCUCUUCUCUAACCCUGUGGAUAAUAAUUUGAUGUGUGCGGUGAAACUGCUGAAGUUGACAGGCUCAGUUUUAGAAGAUGCCUGGAAAGAAAAAGGAAAGAAUGUUAUGGAGGAAAUGAUUCAGAGAAUUGAAAAUGUUGUGUUGGAUGCAAACUGUAGCAGAGAUGUGAAACACAUGCUUCUGAAAGUAGUUGAACUGCGAUCAAGUAACUGGGGUAGGGUUCAUGAAACUUCUCCACAUACAAAAGCUACUCCUGAAAAUGACCCUAACUAUUUUAUGAAUGAACCAACAUUUUACACUUCUGAUGGCGUUCCUUUCACUGCAGCGGAUCCGGAUUACCAAGAAAAAUACCAAGAACUGCUUGAAAGAGAAGAUUUGUUUCCAGAUUAUGAAGAAAAUGGCAUGGCUUUAUCAGGACCUGGAGAUCAGUAUUUUAAUGACCUUGAUAACAAGAUGGAUCCAGAAAUUGAAGAAGCAUAUGAAAAAUUCUGUCUAGAAUCAGAACGUAAGAGAAAACAGUGAGAUGUUACACAAUAAUGUUAGUUUAUUAAACCAGUUUAGGUCUGGUUAGAGUACAGGGAGGCAAAAAACAUUUGUACCAAAAUAAGAAAGUUCACUUUCUCCAAGUACUCAAGUUACUCAAUUUCCAUUUUGUUAAACAGUAUCUGCCAAAAGUUGUAAACUUAUGCUCUGUAACUGAGUGUUGUGUAUAUAUCACAAUUUAUUUUAUGGACAGGUAUAUGAACAGUGUUUGGCUGCAAUAAAAUUGAUUUUAAAAGUGUCAUAAUGGAAAUGAAAAUUUAAUGGGGAGCUGUCCCAUAGGAUUAUCUUUGGGGGGGGAAUAAGGAAGAAUAAAUCAAUUUCAAUUGCUUGCUUGGUUUAGUAUGCACUAGGACAUAUCCUUUUUACCAUAUACAAGAUCUGGUAUUUAAUUUUUUUUUCUGACUAAAGAGCACAUGAUCAAUUACUUUUUUGGGUUUUUUUCUGCAAAUCACAAUCAUGAAAUCAUGAUAAGUGGUUUGUGAAGGGUUAUUUUUGUGGGGAGUUUUGGUUUUCUUUUUCCUUUUCCUUCCUCUUCCAAAACACAUAUAUGUGAGGUCUGGACUCUUUCCUAGAAUAAACAUGUUACAUGUUGAUAUGUGAAAAACCAAGCAGUGUUUUGGAAAUCAGGUUCUUUCAAGACCUUUGGUUCAAGUAGGCUUAUUUUCACAAGUAAAAACUAUCCCAUAAUUUGCUGUGUUCUUCAAGACUACAUGAGUAUAUUUAUGUUUUAACCCAUGCUUCUCCAGGAGCAUAUGCAGUGCUUGAUAUAUUUUUUGAAACUAUCUAACAUGUCUAAUCUCUCAUAAAUCCUUGUCACUUUCUCCAUUAUUCUAAUUAUUUUAUAUAGUUUAAUUUUGUAUUUUGAGUAAACUCAUAUUUCAUAAAUGCUGAUAUUCUGAAGUCAACUGCUAGUUUUUUGAACCCAUAUAAUCAUGUUACUCUUCCUAGGAUAUAUCAUUGUAGUUGUUGCCAAAUUCAGUUGUAUUUCUUCCUAUUACCUGUUACUGGUUAGAGUGAGUAGAACCCCUUAUCAAAAGCAAAGGGGAAAUAUUUCCCAAAAGGCUAUUGAAAAGAACAUGCGUUAUAAAUAUGCAUGUAAAUAAUUUUUACUCAUUUGGUGAAAUGACUUGUGUAUCUGCUAAUACAGUGAGUACUGACUGUUCUCUGGGUAUUUAACAUACUCAUUUAAGUUGAAGUUUUAGAAAAAAAUAUUAACCAGUGUGGAGGCUGUUAAGCCAGACAAUAAUAUAAACACACUCUCCUGGAGAGAGAGAGCAGCCCUUAGGCUCGAGCUUGUUGCAAUCCUGCUAAGGGAAAAACCCUGGCAGAUAGCUCUCUUUGUCAUGGUGAGAAAGUGUGUUACCCCCCACAGGCUUUGCAGCAACUAUGUAAAUUUUUUAUACCCCGUUGGCCCUUCUGCUUUGCUCCUCCCAUGAGCCCUCAGAUGAUUGGCCCUGAUGUUCUACCUUGCCCCCUGCCUUUCCCAUAUAAACCCCUGUUCCCUCUGACUCUUCAUCACUGGACCUCUCCGAAGAAGAAGCUGAAUAAAGCUUCCUGUGGAACUCCAUACGAAGGCUCCGUCUCUUCCUUCAGCAUCGCCCCAAAGAGCUGAUUUCAGUGAAGAGCUUGAAAUCACUCAGUGGCAGCAGAUGUGCCUCUGCCUCUGGGAUGUCCUUCUAAGGACACUUCUCUGGGAAGGUCGCGGCACUCUGACCACCACUGCCCGCCACGACAAACCAGCUUUGUUUCCUUUGGUAUAGCUUUCAAUAUCUUGUUUUUUUGCUUUAAAUAAAAAGAAUUUCUUUUUUUCAUUUAAGUAUGCAUUUGUCCUGGUUGCAGAGAGGAUGUGGAGUUUAGAGCCAUGUAGGCAUGUCUAGGUCAUUAUUCUAUAUCACCUACAUCAUUGCUGGGGAGUGUAACUUGUCGGGGGAAGAAAAGGCGACCACAGCCCUGGAAAUGGCAGUCUCCCUCUCUUCAUUGGAGGGAGUUGCUGGGAUCAGCCCUGUGCAUCUUGUCCUCUGACACGGCUGCUGCCCAUUCCCUUCCCACUCCUCUGAGACGUAGUUCCAGAGUGUGGUUCUGAAAAGCAGCAAAUGUGUCUCUGAGAUGUAACUCUGAAAAGCAAGAGCCAUGCAGAAUGGAGCCCAGCAGAGAGGUCUGAAGCAGUGGUGAAACAGUGGAGGCAAGCCCAGUGUAGCAGUCUGAAGCAGCAACUUGUUGCAGUGCGGAUGAUCUAGCUUUUAGGGGGUUUUCCCAUAAUUGUUUUCCAUUGUCUCAAGCUCAGGGAUGGGGAGAGCCAAGUGCAGGAAGUGCCUGCCAUCUUGUCUUUGUCCCAGGGGGCCACAUGGACGCAACUGAUACCUGUGACUUACAGGGAGUGUCCACCUUAUUGUCUUUGUCCCAGUGGCCAGAUGCAACUAAGUUGAGGUGAUGAACACCUUUUGUGUGUAAAGCACUUUUUUUUUUUUUCUUUGCAUGCUUUUGUUAUUAAUAUUGCUGCUGUCACUGUGGAUUUCUUAUUCCAUUGCUGUUUGCUUUCAGUAAAUUAUCUCAAUCCAU